GCCGCCACCUCUCACAUCUCUGCUCAUCCUUUGUUUGUUGCUCAGGGCGAAACCAUCUCACUCACCCGCAAGGUUGAUGACAAUUGGCUCGACGGGAGAAUCACCGGGACCAAUCGGCAGGGCAUCUUCCCGGCCAACUACGUCCAGGUGGUGAAGUGGCCAAAGGUCAAGGUCUCCAAUGAGUUUGCCGUUGGUCCAACCUCACCCAACCCCAACUUCCCCCAGCCCCCGACCAGCCCCACCUCCAAGCAUCAGGCCAACACCAUGAUGCCCCCAUGCCCGCUCUCCCCCAACCCCUCCCCAGCCGGCACAGCCCAGACACACCCCUACACCUCGCCCGGCCCCAGCGCCAAGCUCCAAGCCCCCUCCUCAAUGAUGACCCCAAACCAGCCCGGCCCCAACCCCCCCCUGACUCCCAAAGCCCACUCUUACACCAACACCCACCCUGACACCAACGCCCAACCAAUGCCCAGAAACCCAAACGUACCCCGUCCCUCAACGGUGCCCACAACUCCAUCCGACCAUAGAACCUCAGCACUCCACAAAGCCCAGACCCACCCUAACAUCUCACCAUCCCCUCAAACCCACCAGUACCCCAACAUCUCACCAUCCCCCCAAACCCACCAGUACCCCAGUAGUUCACCAUCCCCCCAAACCCACCAGUACCCCAACAUCUCACCAUCCCCCCAAACCCACCAGUACCCCAACAUCUCACCAUCCCCCCAAACCCACCAGUACCCCAGUAGUUCACCAUCCCCCCAAACCCACCAGUACCCCAACAUCUCACCAUCCCCUCAAACCCACCAGUACCCCAACAUCUCACCAUCCCCUCAAACCCACCAGUACCCCAACAUCUCACCAUCCCCCCAAAUUCACCAGUACCCCAGUAGUUCACCAUCCCCCCAAACCCACCAGUACCCCAGUAGCUCACCGUCCCCCCAAACCUACCAGUACCCCAACAUCUCACCAUCCCCCCAAAUUCACCAGUACCCCAGUAGCUCACCGUCCCCCCAAACCAACCACUUCUUCAACAGCUCGUUGACCAACAUAAGCCCAGACCACGGCAACAUUGCACGGACCUCCCCUAUCCAGUCUUACCCCAACAUCUCAUCAACGUCCCCAGCCCAGCCCCCGCCCAAAGCCAACCACUACCCCAACACACAAACCCCCACAGCCCAGACUCACCCCAAAACUUUGUCCAUUCCCCAAACCCAACUCCACUUCAACAUCUCACCAAUGCCCACAUCCCAGCCCCAUCCCAUCUCAAUGCCCUCAUCCCAGCCCCAUCCCAUCUCAAUGCCCUCAUCCCAGCCCCAUCCCAUCUCAAUGCCUUCAUCCCAGCCCCAUCCCAUCUCAAUGCCCUCAUCCCAGCCCCAUCCCAUCUCAAUGCCCACAUCCCAGCCCUAUCCCAUCUCAAUGCCCCCCACAUCCCAGCCCCAUCCCAUCUCAAUGCCCCCCACAUCCCAGCCCCAUCCCAUCUCAAUGCCUUCAUCCCAGCCCUAUCCCAUCUCAAUGCCCUCAUCCCAGCCCCAUCCCAUCUCAAUGCCCUCAUCCCAGCCCUAUCCCAUCUCAAUGCCCUCAUCCCAGCCCCAUCCCAUCUCAAUGCCCUCAUCCCAGCCCUAUCCCAUCUCAAUGCCCUCAUCCCAGCCCCAUCCCAUCUCAAUGCCCACAUCCCAGCCCCAUCCCAUCUCAAUGCCCUCAUCCCAGCCCCAUCCCAUCUCAAUGCCCCCCACAUCCCAGCCCCAUCCCACCACUGCACCACCACCCCACUUCUCCCCCGCUCCCCCAAUGGACCCCACCACCUCAUUGACCAGAUUACCAGCCAACCAGCACUGGCAGCCCGUUCGGCCGGCCAAUGGGCAUGAGGACGUGCCGCCCGGCGCUGCCCAAUGGCCCCUCCGGCCGUCACCGUCUCCACGGACACUGCCGGCACCAGGAGUCAUGGCAACCACCGCCUCCGCCCAGCAACCUGCCCAGGGGUCGCAGACAGAGGUCGCGAAGGGAGGGGGCUGGAGCACGUACCGGGCUCUCUACAACUACCAGCCGCUCAACAGUGACGAGCUGGAGCUGCGGGAGGGAGAGUUGGUGGACGUGAUGGAGAUGUGUGAUGAUGGCUGGUUUGUGGGAACCUCUCAACGGACGUGUGGGUUCGGAACCUUCCCCGGGAACUACGUGAGGCCGGUCUGACCCCCGUCUAGCCCCUGUCUGACCCCCUCCCCCCGCGGGGAGAGUGGGCUGUGGGGGGAGCAGUUUGGGGCCUGUGGGAGGGGUACAUUCUGUUUCAGGGGCACAGUAGCAGUUUCAGGGAUACAGGGACCAUCAAACGGGGUUCAGGUGCUUUGAGGGGGUUCAGGGAGGAGUGAAAUACAGGAGGGUCGGGGGGGGUCACAGAGGGUCCCAGGUCAGAGGUCAGCGAGAGGUCAUCACCACCCCCCUUUUCUUUUAUCAAAAAUCAAAUGUAAUCACUUAUUGCAAGAAUAUAUACAAUACAAACCAAUACCGAACAAACCCUCCACCCUAAUAUAAAAUUACCCGACUAACUAAACAAAUAUUCUAAACUCUUCUAUGAUCUUAUACAACUGUGUUACAAUCCUUGUCAAGGAUGUAUUCCACCCCCAGCAGUCCCAGAAAUCCCCCAGGGCGCCCGUGUUCAGCGAGUGCUCCCUCUUUAACUCCACCCGGGCGCGGACGUUACCCCGAA